CUGUGUGACCACAUUUCAUCACAGUAGGUGCUCAGAUCUACCAAAUAUAAUUUGGUGUUGCUAAAUCUGUGUUACAUCUCUUUGAUUACUUUCUACGCUUUCACACAGCUAAAGGGACAAGCUUUGAGCAUGUCCCACACCAGUGGCUGAGGUGGUGUUGACUGGACGUAGGCAAUGCUUGUUGCUUCUCUUAAAAAUGACCACACAUUGGUCCUUUUCCAGUCCACUGCAGACUUUCUCUGAUAACUGUUUUUCAUAGGUGACAGUUGCCUCACUAGCAUGUCAGCUGUAUCUCUUGGCAACCUUUGAGUGUAACCCAUCUGGCUCUGCAUUUGAAUAAAUCCAGCUUCUCUAGGCAGUUGCUGGCCCCACUCCUACUUAUUCCUCUCCUUCCCAAACACUGCUGGUCUGGGUGCAGGCUUUGUCUGUGAAGACUGAGGCAGAAAAGGUGUUGAGUAUUUCAUUCUUUUCUACACAAUCUGUGACAUUUUCUUCCCCUUCAAUUGAUGGAUGCACAUUUUCACUUCAAUUCUUUAUGAUACUUUUGUACUUUUCAGAUUCCUUCUUGUUACCCUCUAUGUCCAUUGCUAGUUUCAGCUCCAGGUGAGCUUUGGCCUUUCUGAUUUAAAGAAAGUAAAGGGUGAAAACAAGCCAUGUCAAACAGUAAGUAUUUCAGUUAACAAAUAGUUAUGUGUAUUUUUCAGGAGCUGGUGGUUCUGGCCCAGUCAUCAUGGCUUGUGCUACUAUUCAUGUGGGUGUUCCUCAAUUACUGAGAGGUGUCAGCAGAAUUCUUCCCACUCAUUCUGCACUGGUGGUGUUGAGGCACUCUGCUUUUUGUUACUACACAGUGAACAGCACAAUAAAAUCAAAAAGGAAAAUGGAUCAUCUAGAGAGGACAGCAAACAAUUUUCGCCAGGAGGUAAUUUCACAAGCAAAAGUGUGUGGAAUCAGCAAUGAAUCAGAGACAGUCAAAAGGCUUCGUCUGGCUAUCACAAAUAAAGAUUUUACUUUCAAAGCAGGACAGGUUGAUUUCUUUAUUCCUGGAAUGUCUGUAGUUGGGGGAUUCUCAAUGUGUUCAAGCCCUGGCCUGUUGAAACGAGAAGGAAUAUUAGAGCUGGCAGUAAAGCACACUGAUCAUCCUCCUGCCCACUGGAUUCACACUGAGUGUGCUCUUGACUCGGAAGUUGCCCUGCGAGUGGGAGGUGAUUUCUUCUUUGAUCCUCAGCCUGGUGACUCCCCUGUAAAACUAGUGCUGAUAGCAGGGGGUGUUGGAAUUAACCCAUUGUUUUCUAUACUGCUGCAUAUAGCAGAUCUGCAUGGAUACCAAGAAGGUAAAGGAAAUGGAUACAAAAUCGGAACAGUGAAGCUGUACUACAGUGCAAAAAAUUCAGGUCAACUCUUAUUUAAGAAAAACAUUCUUGGUUUGAUGAAUGCAUUUCCGGGAAAGAUCAUGUGUCACUUCCACGUCACCCAGCAGAGCUCACCCAUCUGUGAAGAGCUUCGGCCACACGUUACAGAGGGAAGAAUAUCUGAAAAGGACCUAGAAAAACAUGUAUCCAGGGAUACUCUAUGGUACAUCUGCGGUCCACCUCCGAUGAUAGAAUCCAUAUCCAAACUCCUGUCUGACAUUGGUGUUCCUAGAAACUGUAUUUUCUUUGAGAAAUGGUGGUAGUGACACCUGCUGAACAGAGAAGAUGAUACUGGUUUUUUUUCUAGUGUAUUUUGAUAAGCUAAAAUGUACAGAAAUGGACUAUUAAUUAUUUGGAAGAUUCUAUUUCACACAGGAAGAUGUCCUCAAUCAUGAGAAUGUUCCUUUAAUGUAACUGUAAUACAACUGUAAUGCUGCUGCUUUUGGGGGGGAAAUGAUUUUAUAUUAAAGACAUCAACUCUUCUGUU